AUGGUGGAACGUGAUGAGUACAAGACAGCCUACGCAGAGACGCAGUUACUUUCUCGUGAUUCCACUGUGGAGAGUAUUAGGUCAUCAGGCAAGUCUGAAAAAAUGCCUGAUUCUCAACUCCUCACUGAUAGCAAGGAGCCCAAGUUUAAGGACUGGGUGAUCGACAUGAAAGGGAAGUUUAUGGUUAACGCAAACCGGUUUGGUGAUGAUCAGAUAAAUCGAGGUCACCUUGUUUCCCGAACUAGAGGUCUUGCCCGACAGCAGCUGAGAGCCAGACCGCGUGAAGAUGCUACCGACCUCUACACUAGUUUUGAACAGAUGUUCAAGACCCUCACUACUGCAUUCCAGAACCAUCACCGACGUAUGGAGGCCGAUGCUGAACUCUAG